AUGGCCGACUCAAGGUUCCCAGACAACCAACGCUUGGAGGGUGAGAAGCUUGGUUCCAAAGUCGAGGACCGCCAGAUCGAGUCCGUCCACAACGAGAUCCAGAGAGUCAACAUCCAGGAGGUCCAAGGCCGGCCUCCGCCUUUCUUGUCAUCAUCUGUGGCUGCCUUUGCCAUCGAUGGCAACAUCAUCGGCGGCAUGUCCGCCCUACCAGCCUUCCGGGAGCACUUCAACGUCAGCACCAGCGGUAGCGCCAUUGCCCUCGUCUUCGCCACCAUGUCCAUCGGCAACAUCGUCGCCAGCUUGUUCCAGUGGCUCUCUGAUCUGAUCGGCCGCCGCGGCGUCACCUUCAUUGGCAACAUCAUCCUCGUCAUCAGCUGUAUCCUCCAGGCCGUCGCCCUGAACCGUGCUGUCAUGAUCGUGGGCCAUGUCUUCGGCAGGGUCGGGUGCUCGCUGAGCGCCACUGUAGAUCCUCUUUAUAUGAGUGAGGUGGCCCCCUCGGUUCAUCGAGGCCUUGCUGUUGGUCUGUACUGCUCCUGCUACAGCAUCGGGUCCAUCGUCAUCGCUUGCGUCCUGCUUGGCGGCUCCUACAUGGAAGGGAACUGGACGUGGAGGAUGCCUAUGCUCUUCCAGCUGGCGCCUCCCGUCAUUGUUUCCAUCCUGGUAUAUCCUUGUACCCCUGAGAGCCCCAGAUACCUCAUCUACAAGAGCAAGGUUAAUGAGGCUGAGCAGGUUAUUGCCAAGUAUCACACCGAUAGUGGCCUCGUUAGUGACCCUAUCGUCGCGGCAGAGAUCUCUCAGAUUCAAGCCUCCAUCGACUCUGUCGACUCGACACCCCUGAGACUUUACGACACUGUGGAGCAAGAAGAGCGCCCGCAGUGCAGCGGAACUUCAAUGCUGGCUUACUACCUGCUCGGCAUCUUGUCCCUCGUCCGAAUCACAAACACCCAGCAGCAGCUGGGCAUUAACGUCGGAAUGAGCGUCGCGUCUUGGCUCUCCACGCUUGUCGGCCCCGUGAUCGUCAACCGCGUUAGGCGUCGAUUCCUUCUCAUGGCCACAAUGGGUGUGUUCAUAUUCUUCCUGUCCAUGAUGAGCUUGACGGGCGGGCUGUUUGACAAUGGUAUCGCCAUGAAAGCCAUGGGCAUCCUGACCAUCACCUGGAUCUGCCUCUUCCAGAUAUCCAACGGCCUCUUGUCUCUUGCCAAGAUCGAAUGGGAGAUCUACUUCAUCUUCAUUGGGAUCGACAGUGUCUGCCUGUAUCUCACUUGGCGCUACUUCGCCGAGUUUCAGCAUCUCUCCCUCGAGGAGAUCGACCACAUUUUCGAGACUCCUGGCGUCCACCCCGUCAAGAUCUCCAAAGCCUUGCACCCGAAGAGUAUGAAGGCCAACAACAAUGCCUAG